GUUAGUUCCUAAAGGCUGUUCCCGAGUUCGGCCCACCAUCCAGCCACAGACGCUGAGGCUGGGUGAGAGGGCCGUAGCACCUGGGCUGUGUGGCCCGGCAGCUGAAGAAAUCCAGACAGAGCUUGAAGGUUUGCUUCCUCCGCCGAAGGCCAGGCCCGGGGCCAGCAGCGGGUAGGAGGCUCAGGCGUGGAUCGGGGGCCUCGUGGUGGCAAGGGAAAGAGCACAGCCUGUCCCAGUACAGGGUACCGGCCAGGAUUUUGCUGAGGACUCUCCAAAGUGCUGGAUUGGCAGGAAGCAGGGGCUCCAUUAUAAAGAUUCUGGAUUUGGGGGCGAUAUAUGCUUUUUAAGGAUACAAGUUGUCUGGAACGACUCCGGGCUAGUCAGACCCUUCCAUUUUGAGGACACCAGGUUUGGGUAUCAACGUUUGGAGUGGGAGGGCUUGUAGGACGCCUUCUUACUGCUUCCCUCCCAUACCCCCAUGGCGCUCCCCGGCUCCUUCCCACAGAACCAGGCCUGGAGCCUGGAGCUUCCCGCUCUCACGGUCCCUACUUCCUCGUCCUCGGGCUCCCAGGAGCGCGAGGGCCCUGGGAGCCCAGGGGUCUCCGGAGGGCUUCCCUUGGAGAAGGUAAAGCGGCCCAUGAACGCGUUCAUGGUGUGGAGCUCCGCUCAGCGCCGCCAGAUGGCGCAGCAGAACCCAAAGAUGCACAACUCGGAGAUCUCCAAGCGCCUGGGCGCCCAGUGGAAGCUGCUGGGCGAGGACGAGAAGCGGCCCUUCGUGGAAGAAGCCAAGCGGCUCCGGGCCCGGCACCUGCGGGACUACCCCGACUAUAAGUACCGGCCUCGCCGCAAGACCAAGAGCUCGGGCGCCGGACUGCCGCAUUUCAGCCAGGGAGUCGGCGGCGUGGCUGGCAGCGGGCCGGUCUGGGGGCCUGGAUACGCGACCACUCAGGGUAACAGAGGCUUUGGGUACCAGCCCCCCAAUUACUCGACAGCUUACCUGCCUGGCGGUUACAGCUCUUCCCACUGUAAACCGGAGGCCUCCUCACCGUGCUCCCUCCCUCAGAGUAACCCUAGGCUUCAGGGUGAUCUGCUUCCUAUCUACAGCCCCUAUGUACCUGCAGGCUCUCCCACCCCCUACAACCCUUCGCUUUCAGGAGCCCCCAUGCCCCUAACCCACCUCUAACCCUAUGGACACAGACCUCCCUGGAAAUGCUCCAGCCUCCUUUUUCACCCAGGAAACCCACCAAUCCAUCCCCUCCCCAGGCUGCUGCAAACCCUUCUUUACCCGGCCCUUACUCCUGCAACAACUUUUUUGUAGGACAAACACAG